AUGUCUUCCAAUCGAUUCCCGCCAACUAGUGGCAACCCUGUCAGUUGGAAGUGGAACUAUGCAGGUUUGUGGACCAAAUUACUAGCCCCGAAACUGCAAGGGCUGGCUGAACACACGGAGAUGCCCGCUCCGAGGCCAGGUUCGCAGGCCGUUCGGAUGAGCACCGAAUACGGCGACAUCCAGCCGAAGCAAGCCUACCAUAUGGGGAUCUUUCAGGCCCAUCAUCAGCAUCGUUCACCCAAACUCAUAUUCCCAACAAAGUCCCAGCAAAUUUCAGAAGAAUAUUAUCAACUGAAGCCCAUCAUGGAGGACCCACGAGCAGAAAUUCGGGAUGUCGUCAGAUCAAUCACUGAACCCCAGGAUCCGCAAACCGUCUUGAAGAACGUCGACAAGUAUUUUACCGACGAUGCGUUUAUUCUUCACCCAAUGGCGAAUCAACCCCAAAUGGCCAGAGGAAAAGACAAUUUAAAAGCCUUAUACUACAUGUUCCGCAAGGGGACCAAGGAAAACAAGAUACAUUUCAACGCGGUUAUGUUCAGCGAAGACCUUACUCAAUGCGCGAUAGAUCUCAUCGAGGAUGUCAAGGACCUCAAAUCUGUGUUGCUUCCAGGAUUUCCAGUCAGACCUUUAUCGAUUCGGUUUUUGGUGCUAGUGGACCUUAGGCUGGAAGCUGAUGGAAAAUACCGAAUAUGGCGUCAACACGACAAUUUUAUUAGUGACCUAGGAAUGUCAGGCUUGAAGAUAUUUCCCGGAGCCAGCUUGAUCAGCGAUGUGAUCAAGGCUUCCGGGGCCUUGUUCACAAUUGUUCUGGGACGUUAUUUCGCCGGGAACAUGAUCACGCCGCAGAAGCAACGUAGGGUUGACUGA